AUGCCCGUCUCUCAUCUGACCUUGACCGUCUCACAUCUCCCCACCUCGACUUCUUUCUUUCUUUCCUGCCUGCAGCCUCUUGGAUAUCAAUUCAUCGGCCGUCAUGAUGACUAUAUCGGAUUUGGUCAGAAGCAGGGAGAACCCGCCGAUUUCUGGAUCACCGAGAAAAAGCCCGGUGUUCUACCCAGUGCCGCACAUGUAGCAUUCCCCGCUCCGUCGAAAGACGCUGUGACCACAUUCUUUCACUCGGCCAUCCAAGCCGGUGGCCAAUACCAUGGCGAGCCGCGAACCCGCGACUCUCAAACAGGGUAUUAUAGUGCUGCGGUCAUAGACUUUGACGGGAAUAGCAUCGAGGCAGUCUACCGGCCUGGAGCCGCCCCGUCGGUUGCCGCGUCGGUCGCCGGCAGUCCAACAAUCGGUCUUAUCGAGAAUGGCUCCGCCGCGUCCAAGGCGGGCUCGGUUGUUUCCAAGGCGAACUCCAUUGCGUCCAAAGCCACCACCGUUAAAUCGCGUGCAAUAUCGAAAGCGCCCACGGUGGUCGAAAGGACCGUCUCAGCUCCAUCCGUCGUUUCGGUGAAAUCGACAGGAUCAGCUCUGGCAUACGGCACCCCUCCGCCAGCACCGCAGCCGCCAGCUCAGAAAGUUGACGAUGGUAGCAAAGCCGCCAAAACGAUCAUCGGCACCCUGAUCGGAGCUGCAGCCGGUGCAGCUGUCGCGUACGCAAUGGUCCGAGGCGAUUCGGAGUCCCAGAACGCUGAGGCGAAAGAGGCAGUCGCAGCGCCUCCCAGUCUGCACCAGUACGCCCCCGAUCUGCUGCAAUUGAUGGCCCCUCCCUCACAGGUUUCAGAGGCAAGAUAUCAAGCAGAAAACGGGCUUCGGGCCAUUGAAGCGCCGCCCGCACGCAGUGUCUACACUUCCGCGUCUGCUGCUCGAUCGACAGCGUCCCGAAGCGUCAUAUCUAAGAAUCCGUGGGCCAGUACGGUCUACGAGGCCACCGAACAUUACCAAGAUGAUAAAGGCCGUCGUGCGUCGGACGGAGGUAGCGUCUACUCGAUCCCGGAAGAUGCCCCUCUGCGCGCGAUUGACUACCCCCCACGCAGCUAUGCCUCGCAGCAACGCUACCCUUGCAACCCCAGUACAUUCAUUAGCAGCUACGCCGCGGAUAAGCCUCGCGCAGGCAGUGUCCAUUCGUCUGCCUCCACCAUCAAGACCUCUGCCUCUCAUCGCCGUCACAGUACCGAUGACGGCUUCUCGGAACACCCUCGCGCUGCGGUUUGCCGUUCAACUUCCUCGCCAAGCGUCCACACGGUGAAGUCUCAUGCGCCGUCGAAAGCUGCAGGUGGUGCAGAACCCGCUUCCGAUGCUCGCAGCUUGGCCCCAUCCUCUCAUUCGGCUCGCAAUAUUCCUCUGCCAGCUAGUUCCUCGGGCACAUUCUACAGCGCGGCGCCCAGUCAAUCUGGCAAAUCGACCGUGUCUGCCCGUCAUGUUCCGCUCCCAGCCAGCUCUUCAGCCAACUCUUUCUACAGCCCCGCUGCAAGCCAGGCACCACGAUCGCAUAUCUCUGCACGCCAUGUUCUCCUUCCCGAGAGUGUCAUUGAUGUCGAUGUCGAUUCCAACGUGACCCCGGACGAUUCAAUCAGCCAGGUUGGCGGAAGUCGAUCGGGUCGGUCCACCCACUCGCAUCACUCGAAACAUUCCAAGCACUCGAAGCACACACAUUCUCACGGGUCGCGACAUUCGUCCAAGUCGAAGAUGGACGAACCCGUGAGGCCGGCGGACAGUGUCAGUCAAGUCUCAAGGUCAUCACACCGUCAUCUCAAGACAGGUGGUUCAAAGGUUGAGAGCCGGCGGGGCACCGAAGUCAUGGUAUAA